CGAACCAGACGGACGUGCACAACGCAAUAAAUUUGCAUUAUAAUUAAUACGAUACGAUAAAUUUGUGUAUUAUCUUGUUAAUAAUAACAGAUAAUAAAUUGUAUCGUGCAUUUAUAUUAAUUUGUGUCGACAUUUAAUAAGUGCAUUUGGCAAGCGGCGUGCGCUUUUAUUUAUAGUUCGUGAUAGUUGAAAGUUGGUACUGCAAGUGCAUUCCUGUAGUGGAUUUAAUAAAGAAGGAGGAUGGAUACCUCUCGGCCAUCAUGCUCCCUACUCAUUCUACUGGCGCUCUACAUUUUACAACUCGCAGGAUGUAUGAACGCGAAGAUAAACUUCAGAGAGAAGGAGAAACAGAUUUUGGACCAGAUCCUUGGUCCGGGGCGGUACGACGCCCGCAUCAGACCUUCCGGCAUCAAUGGAACUGGCGAUGGCCCAACGUUAGUUCGCGUCAACCUGUAUCUCCGAUCCAUCAGCAAAAUAGACGAUUACAAAAUGGAAUACUCAGUUCAACUGACCUUCAGAGAGCAAUGGUUAGAUGAGAGACUAAAGUUCAACAAUUUGGGGGGCCGUCUCAAAUACCUCACCCUGACAGAAGCUAACAGAGUAUGGAUGCCUGACCUGUUCUUCUCGAACGAGAAGGAGGGUCACUUUCACAACAUCAUCAUGCCCAACGUGUACAUUCGGAUCUUCCCCAACGGGAACGUGCUCUACAGCAUCCGUAUCUCGCUGACUCUCUCCUGCCCCAUGAACCUCAAGCUGUACCCGUUGGAUAAGCAGACGUGCUCCUUGAGAAUGGCCAGUUAUGGAUGGACGACUGAUGAUCUGGUGUUCCUAUGGAAGGAAGGCGAUCCUGUCCAGGUUGUGAAGAACCUCCAUUUGCCUCGCUUUACGCUCGAGAAGUUCCUUACAGAUUACUGCAACAGCAAGACUAAUACUGGUGAAUACAGUUGCCUGAAAGUAGAUCUACUGUUCAAGAGAGAGUUCAGUUACUACCUGAUCCAGAUUUACAUCCCUUGCUGCAUGCUUGUCAUAGUUUCCUGGGUGUCCUUCUGGUUGGACCAAGGCGCUGUACCAGCACGGGUCUCACUUGGAGUAACAACCCUUCUCACAAUGGCGACACAAUCAUCCGGAAUCAACGCCUCGCUGCCCCCCGUCUCAUACACCAAAGCUAUUGACGUAUGGACGGGGGUAUGUUUAACUUUCGUCUUCGGGGCACUGCUGGAGUUUGCUCUCGUGAAUUAUGCCUCUCGCUCUGACAUGCAUCGAGAGAAUAUGAAGAAGUCGAGACGUGAGAUGGAAGCAGCUGCAAACAUGGACGCUGCAUCUGAUUUACUGGAUACAGACAGUAAUACAACUUUUGCAAUGAAGCCGCUCAUGCGUGGUGGCGUGGUGGACUCCAAGAUGCGUCAGUGCGAGAUUCACAUGAAACCACCGGAGAAGAACUGCUGCCGGAUGUGGAUGUCGAAGUUCCCCACCCGCUCCAAGCGCAUCGACGUCAUCUCCCGCAUCACCUUCCCACUCGUCUUCGCGCUCUUCAAUCUCGCUUACUGGUCCACCUACCUAUUCCGUGAUGAGGAUGAGGAGAAGUGAUUCUCCUUGUCCACCGAGGGCGGCUCGGAUAUGGCGCGCCUCUACGUCGCCGUGCUCGCGCCCUACACGCUGUUUGCGCUCAUCUACGUGAUAUUCCUGCGCCCGCGCAACCAGCCGCCGCAAGUCGCCCUCGCGCGCCAACCCCGCCGCUCCACCCGCACUCCGCGCUGCCGGCGACUCUAAUGCCCGUUUUCACUAAACUUAGGCAUCGUCUAAAUAGAAUGCCUAAUGCUUAGGUGAUACGCAGAUAAAAACGUUUCAUCAACUCUUACAUGAAGCCUAACGACGUUAGGAGUCACCUAAAGUUAGGACAUCUAGGGAACUCGUAAACUGACACUUGGCAGACGAAAAAAAAUUAAAUUCGGUUUUUUUUAUAACCUUAAAAACAUACGAAAAAAAAAUUUGAUAAUGCAAACACAAAAUAACAGGCCUUGUGGCAAGAAUUAUAGACAAGUUCAGUUAGGUUAUGAGUUGCCUAGUGAAAGUCGAUUGGUGAAUGGUAAAUGUCUGCAUAGGAAUCUCCUUUAAUAAAGCGUUUACUUACGUACCCAUUGCCUUGUUCGUCUUUAGUGAAAACGGGCAUAAGAGUCUUCAUUCUUAGGCACUAUAUUUGGCAGCGGUCCGCUCCACUCUAAAACACUGCCUUCUAUUAUUAACACACUAGACUGGUUGUCAGAGGUCAGCUUAUAUUUUGUUCCGAUCUAAAUCGCAUACGAAUGUUUCUGGACGUUAUAAUACAGUAUUUUAGCAGUCCAAUUUUAGGUCCUUGGAAACUCGUAUUCAAACGCCAAAAUUGCGGCAAUAAAUUUGAGACAAAAACAAAGUGACAUAAGCUUGUCCAGUGCUAAUAAUAGAAAACUGUGCUCCAAAAUAAUGUAUUCUCACGUCGUGAAUGUAAGAAACCAAAAAGAUCGUUGAAGAAUGUUACUGUAAAGUAUUUCCGAACGUCCCAAAAAUCAGUGUGACUCCAAUGGUUGCAGUCAAACACACUGAAUGCGAAAUCCACGCCGAUCCAUGCCUUGCUGCUCAUGCAAUGACACAAGUAUCCAUUUUGAGUUCAGUUUGUCAGUCAAAAAUGUGGACUGGCUCGGUAUCGAGCAGGGAUCGUGAGUGUGAUACAAAUUUGCGCGUUCGACGAUGUGGUGCGCUGCUAAAUAGAGUGCCCGUGAAUUGCCACUUUGACAAGUCUGCUCUGGUGCAGGCAAUGUAGCACUCCACUUGUUAGAUGCUCCUCUCGCGAUAGUUAUAACAUUUUGAGUAGCGUAUAAACCGUUUCAUAUUAUCAGAGCUUGAUUUGAAAUCGCAUUUUACCUUCCAACCUCUCCUCUUCCCCUUCCCAUACUCGACUUUUUGCGAUCACUUCUAUCAUCUUACGAAGAUCCCGCUUACGAAACUUCUUUAAACCCUCUCGUAUCACAUACCCUUUCCCCCUAUAUAUACCCCUUCAUGAAAUCGAGCGUUUCUUUUAUUCCAAUAUAUCAAGCACUUUAUACUAUGAUCAUAUUACCUUUAUCACUAUCCUAACUCUUCCAUAAACACUCCAUAAACACUCCAUAAACUCAAAUUGGUUAUCAUGGCUUGUAGAAGUGUUUCCUAGCUUCCCAAUUCAAAAUGCUUAUAGAGUUUCUCCUAAAUU